UCGUUAGAGUUUCCUUGGUAGUUUUUUUCCCUCUUGUCACAGCACCCCCCACCCACACACACCCAAGGCCCCAACUGCAGUGCCCAUCCGGCAGUCAGGUCGAUGGCGGCGGAAGCAGCGGCAGCGGGGAAGGAGAAGAUGCGGACGCUAGUCAGCAGCGACUUCAAGAAGUUCGAUGUGGAGGAGUCUGUGGCGAGGGAAUCGCUGAUUAUCCUGAACCUGAUGGCGGACUGCGACGACAGUGACAUCCCGGUCUUCAACGUCAACGCCAAUAUCCUCGACAAGGUCAUCGCGUACUGCAGGAAGCACGCCUCGGCGCCGCGCGCCGAUGGCGGUGAUGCGGAGCCAAGUGCUGCGAGUAACAAGGCCUCAGCGGACGAUCUCAAGUCCUUUGAUGCUGAGUUCGUCGAUGUUGACCUGGUCACCCUCUUGGAGCUCAUUAAGGCUGCAGACUACCUGGAGAUCAAUGGGCUGCUGGACCUGACCUGCCAGGCCGUCGCGGACAUGAUCAAGGGGAAGACUCCAGAGGAGAUACGCGAGACAUUCGACAUCGAGAAUGACUUCACACCUGAGGAAGAGGCUAAAGUGAGGAGGGAGAAUCAGUGGGCCUUUGAAUGAAGAAGCUGCAGGCUAGCUCUAACAAAACAAUAGCAAUAUCAUAUAACCAGGCCAGAGAUGAAGUGCUUGUUCAGGAUGUUAUGAGUCGAAGGUUUGGUUGGUCGUGAGCAGACUAUAUUGCUGUUCCAGUAUUUUGGCUGGUUUGGUUCUCAAACAUUGCUGGUUCUUCUGCCUACCCAA